GUAAAGAAAAAUCUAAAAAGAAGAAAAAAAGAAAAAGCAGAAAAAGUUUCACUUGUUGCUGUCCGCUCCAAACUCCCAUUCACUCCUCGCGCCUCGAGAUCCCAUCCAAAUCCCGAUCAGUCGCCGCCCAAGCCUAGCAGAUCCGCCGGCGAGCGCGCGGGGGCAAUGGGUGUCGUCUCGGCAGCGGCGGACGCGAUUGUCGCGGUUUUCUCCCUCACCAUCGUCGUCGCGGCGCCGCUACUCGACGCGCAGUCCGUCCUCCCGCAUACCCUCUACCCGGCGCCGCUCCUGGAACUCAAGCGCUGGUACGCCGCCGAGUUUGGCGACUACCUCGUGGCCCAGUCCCCCGGCUUCUUCCGUGGCCUUGUUUGCCUCGAGCUCGCCUUCCAAUGGCCGCUCGCCGUCGCCACACUCUACGGCAUCCUCACCCGCCGCCGCUGGGCUGCCACCACCUCCCUCAUGGCCGGCGUUGGCACCCUCACCUCCAUGUCUGCAAUUCUUGGUGAGAUGUUAGGUUCAGGCAAAUCAACACCAAAGUUGCUUCAGAUGUAUGUUCCUUAUGCUGUUUUUGCUGUCAUUGCUAUUCUACGUGGACUUUGCUCAUGCUCUGGACGCACUACUGCUGGUUCAUCACUUGGGCCUUCUGCCCGGAAGAAGAGGGUCUAGAUCAGCAGUGACACUUGGAGAAUUUUCGGUUUGAGACAGUGGCGCCAGAGCACUAAUGCUGGUCAGAAGACGAUUAUCUGGAUCAGGUUUCUAUCCCUGGUAUUUAGCACGGAUGUUGAAAAAUCCAGAUAGUGUUAGUGGCUGUUUCUCUAGGAUUUGGUGUUCGUUUUCCCUGAAAUGUGAUAUUCAUCUUGCCUUUAUUUCCAUUUUACCCUUUGAUUAUAUGUCUUGCUAACUAAGACAUUGUUUUGUUUACUGGAUGAGCUGAUUCAACUCUGGCAUUGUUCUGGCGAAUAAGUUUCAUAAAUCCUUGUCUUGGUAGUCCCAAUUGCAGAAAAUUCUAGGUUUUUUGG